AAUGGACGUUAAACUGUUACAGUAAAGAAAUCACAACUUUAUUUGUCAUUUUACGAGUGUGGUUGUUUGUUUAAAUUAUAGCCUGUGACAAAAACGAACAUGAGUAAAUUAGAAGUAAUUGCUGUUUUUGUACUUGGAGCCUUUCUUUCUGCCAACUGUACUCAUUUUGAAGUGAGAAGCAAACUAACUAGAGGUGCCUGUAUCCUUAUGAAUAUAGAUGCAACGUUUCAUCUUACAUACAAGACACAGGUUGCUCACUUGUUCGACUUAAAAGGAGCAUCAGUAAUUGAUGCCUCUAGCCAAUGUGGAAAUAUAUUUGUUGGUUCAACAUCUGUAUUGUCUGUUAAACUGUUUCCAUCUGGAGAAAUGCUCAUGUUUAGAUUUACAAGACAAACCAAUAAUGUCGAUGUGUCAAUGAGAUUUAUGCUGGACGCCAAAAAGCACUUUCAAGAUAUGAAUUCUACACUCCCAGUACAACUAAAUGACAAACAUCAUCUUCCAAUAGGAACUGAUUCACCAAACUCAUACAAAUGUAUUUCUGAGGAAACGGUUGCGUUCAAUUCAACCAAUAAUUUCCAUUUACAAAUGAUGAUUACCAAUUUACAAGUGCAAGCAUACCAGAUAAGAAACAGCGUCUUUGGGCCAGUCAUUGAGUGUAAUCAGGACCUAGCUACAUCAACACCACAAGCCCUGACGUCAGUGAUACCACAAAAUGUUACAACGAUGCCUGUUCCUGAGAUGUCAACUACUGAACAUACACCUGAAACAACAACAGAACCACCAUCAAACACAACAACAGAACCACCAUCAAACACAACAACAGAGCCAGUUCCGCAAACAACAACUCCAUUGGAACCGGAAACAACAACUCAUUCCGGGCCGGAAACAACAUCUCAUUCGGAACCGGAAACAACGUCACAUUCCGAACCGGAAACAUCGUCACAUUCCGAACCGGAAACAUCGUCACAUUCCGAACCGGAAACAUCGUCUGGACCGGAAACAUCUACAAAGCCUGCACCAGAAACAACAACAGAACCAAUAAGUACAUCGAGCAAGCCUAAAUCCACCACUGAAAGACCACGUGAUCAUAAGUAUGUGGUUCGAGACAAUAAGGAAGUGUGUAUUGUCUUACAGGGAAAUAUAAAGUUCGAAAUUCCUUAUCAGAAGAAGGCCGGAAGUGUAAAGGAUACUAUAGCUAUGGUUGCAGUGCCUGACGAUGUAAAUGUAAGCGGAAAUUGCAGUUACUCCGCGACGUCACAGGAAAUAACGCUGGCGUUCUUCAACUCAACUUGGAUGUUGAAUAUUGUUGUCGCCAAAGGCGGCAAAAGUAACGUACAGAAUGCAAAAUUGUUUCAAGUUUUGUCUGAUACUGCGGAUUAUUCAUGGCAAUCUGUCAGUGUAACAUAUAAAGUCGACGAUCAUUUUCCUGGUGCAAAGAAUGCAGGAGACAUCAUUACUGCAACAGCAGAAGACACUGUUGGGAAGUUUGCGGCUGGAGUUGACGGCUCGUAUAAAUGCAAUGCUGAACAAGACCUUGAGUUUGAGAAAAAUAAAAAUAUGAAAAUGGACUUAAGCAUGAUGCAGUAUAGGGCAUUUGGGACAUCCAAUUUCACUGAUUUCUCAACCGCAGGUGUCGCCAAAUGCCCUGCAGACGAUCAUAACGGAGGUGGCGGUAGCAGUCAUAAAACACUUGGAAUCGCGCUUGGGUGUGCAUUUGCUGGCUUGGUUAUCAUAGUGUUUGUGGCAUGUGGUAUUUCGAGGUACAGGAAGAGAAAACAGGAAAAUGGGCCUUAUGAAUCCAUAAACUGAGAUAAAAUCAUUCCAUCUGACACUGUGCGUCCUCAUACACACAGAACACGCUUCGAACUUUAU